GCGGAAGCUGGCUGAGCGGUCGGAGGCGACUGUGCAGGUAUCCGAGUUCAAUGUCACCUGCAAAGGUGCUGGGGAGAAGCUGGUUCUGUCGGAGCUGCUGCAGCCCAUUCAUCCCAAAUCCGCCCUGGGCAGUGUGAGGAAGGAGCUGGCCAGAGUGAAAAAGAAAGCACCGGUGGAGCUGCCACUGAGCAAAGAGGAGGCCAAGCGGGUGGUGAGGGAGGCUGCCUAUGACACCACCUCGAAGGACGUGGGGAAGUGGCAGCAGGUGGUCCUGCAGAACCGCCGCGCCGAGCAGCUGGUGUUCCCCCUGAGGCAGGACAUCACCACGGUGGUGCCCCUGGAGAGAGCCACCUCGGCAUGGAGGGCUCGAACUCCACUGGAGCAGGAGAUCUUUGGAUUGCUCCACAAGACACAGCAGCCCAUCACAGACCCACUCCUGACACCAGAGGAGAAGGCCUCGCUGCAGGCCAUGAGCUUGGAGGAGGCCCAGCAGCGGCGAGCAGAGCUGCAGAAGGCCCGAGCCAUUCAGUCCUACUACGAGGCCAAGGCUCGGCGAGAGAAGAGGAUCAAGAGCAAGAAGUACCAUCGUGUGCUGAAGAAGAGCAGGCGGCGCCAGGCCCUGAAGGAGUUUGAGCAGCUGCAGAAGUCGGACCCUGCGGCUGCCUUGGCACGGCUGGAGGAGCUGGAACAGCUCAGGAUGCAGGAGCGGAUGAGCCUUAAGCACCAGAAUAAGGGAAAAUGGGCCCAAUCCAGGGCCAUUAUAGCUAAGUAUGACCUGGAGGCCCGCAAGGCCCUGCAGGAGCAGCUGGCCAAGAACAAGGAGCUGAUGCAGAAGGUGCGAGUGGAGCCACCCGAGGAGGAGCUGCGUGACGUGCCCGAGGAGGACACUGCAGCCGUGGCUGUCCCCACGGCAGCCAGCGGGGCUAAUCCCUGGAUGCUGGGCAAGCCCAGUGCCUCCACCCCAGAAUCUGAGGCGCAGGAGGGUCCUGGAGAUGUCCCAGUGCCUGAUGCUGCAGAGAGCAAGGAGAAGAUGGAGGAAGAGGAGGAGGAGGAGGAGCUGUCGGAUGAGGAAGCUCUGCUACAGGACUUUGAGCAGAAGCGGCAGGCGCGGCAGGAGCGGGCAGGGAGCCCCGAGGGGCUUAGCAAGGGGCAUGGUGAGCAGCUUGUGGGCCCCAGCAGGGUGGAUUGGGAGUGCUGCAGGGCUGGGAAGAGGGAGUGGGGUGCCGAUGAGAUGGAGGGCACUGCUGAGCAGCCAGGAGACAGCCCUGUGCCCGCAGUGUGUGCUGAGGAGCCAGUGAGUGCAGGGCUGGAGCCACCCCCCCAGGCCCUGCUCUCAGAGCAACUGCGCCGCGUGCAGACCAUGGAGGAUGUGGAGGCUCUGGCCUCAGAGGAGCAUGUGGAAGAGCAGGAGAAGCCAACGGCCUCAAGAGUGGAGAAGCAAGCACAACGGCAGGAGGAAGGCAAGGCUGGGGACAGACAUGCCAGGGAAGCACCAGCCAAGAAGAAGAUUAUUAGCCUGGAGGCUGUGCUGGAUGGGAAGCCCCAGGAGCUGGACUGCCCCAGCCUGCCCAUCGUCAUGGAGGAGGAGGAGGGUGGCAUUGACCAGCGUGGGGUAAUCACAGAGGCCUUUGCUGGGGACGAUGUGGUUGAUGACUUCCGCCGGGAGAAGCGCAAGGCCGAGGAGGCAUCGAAGCCACAGCCAGUGAACCUGGUGCUGCCAGGCUGGGGCGAAUGGGGCGGCACAGGGCUGAGGCCCAGUGCCAAGAAGGUCAAGAGGUUCCUUCUCAAGCCACCGCCGGCACCUCCCCGGAAAGACCAGCACCUGCCCCAUGUCAUCAUGAGCGAGAAGCGCAAUAUCCACGCGGCAGCGCAUCAGGUCAGUGAGCUGCCCUUCCCCUUCGAGCGGCACCAGCAGUUCGAGCAGAGCUUGAGGACACCCGUGGGCACCACGUGGAACACACCACGUGCCUUCCAGAAGCUGACAGCUCCCCGCGUCAUCACCCGCGCAGGCCACAUCAUCCAGCCCAUCUCAGCCGAGGACAUCCCC